AUGGUCGGCCAUUGCAGAGGUCCAAUAUGGCAAAUCGAUGACUUGAGUCCUUGCUUCCAAGCAGACUAUCUUCUGACAAUAUUCCCAUUGCUCGCAUGUGCAGUUUCUAUUCUCCUUAUUCUUCUCCAUGCCGUUCGCCCAAUAAUCAGACGACACCGUCACCCACCCCAACAAAGCCUCCUGGUGGACACUAGCGAAGAUGAGGACGAGUCUACCGAUGAGGGCGAAGAUGGCCUCGCAAGGCUCACUUUACAAAAAACCUUGAGCCACGGUGAUCAAUCAGUGAAAGAUGUGGAUAAGCCUGCCGGAGAGGUCUUUCUCGUCACCACCGAGUUCCUCCUGGUUCUGGGACAACUGAUUGUCAACAUCGUCUCUGUCUUGAAUAUGCCCGACCAAAAGAGACGAGCAUCAACCAUAGAGACUCUUGUGUGUAUAUACCUUAGCAUCCUUGCCGGGGUGCGUCUUCUUGCUUCAACGACACGAUGGAAGUCCCCCGUCCGAGGGUUAUGGAAUCACAGCGCAAUCCUCUAUAUUAUCCAGUGGCUUCUCCUCGUCUGGGUGUUUCGAUCGGUUCUCAUUCAUCCGGACGACCAGCUUUCCCAGACGCUCAUGAUAGUCUCGUUCGCCAUCACGAGCACCCUCGUCAUGAUCGUACUGGUCUCAAGAAAAGGAAACAAAGGAGUUUUGCUGGAAUAUGAAGGCGAUGUUGAACCGUCUCCGGAGCCAUUGGCGAGCGUCCUUUCCCUGGCUAGCUUCACUUGGGUCGACCCUCUCGUUUGGCGAGGCUUCAAGAAAACACUUGAACUUGCCGAUGUCUGGAACGUCACUUUGGCGGACAAGGCUGAGACGGUGUUGGCUCAGUUCCGUCAAAUACAAAAGACUCACUCGCUCGCCAUCCGCCUUCUGUCACAUUUCAAGGCCGAACUCCUCAUUCAAGGCGCUUGGUGCAUGCUCGCGAGCGUCUUCAUGUUUCUCCCGACGCUACUUCUAAAGGCUAUCCUCGAGUACCUGGAGAACACGGAUACAAUACCUGUGAGCGCCGCGUGGCUAUAUGUCAUCCUUCUUUUGGCCACUGGAGUCGUACAGGCUGUUGGUGACGGUCAGAGUCUGUGGAUCGGCAGGAAGAUCUGCAUUCGACUGCGUGCCAUCAUAGUCGGCGAAAUUUAUUCCAAGACCUUGCGAAGAAAGGCCGCAGCGAGUACCGAUUCCGACGCUUGGAAGGACGUUCUCCCGGAGAAAGUACAUCUCGUGUCAAAAAUCAAAUCGAUCUGGAAGGCUCGAGGCCUGAAACAACAGAGUGAACCGGCGGGCCUCGGCCGUAAGAAGGCUGCUGGUUCUCAGGCCAACAAUGGCACCGUAAUCAAUCUCAUGUCGAUUGAUUCCUUCAAAGUGGCAGAAGUAUCUGCAUAUCUACACUUCCUCUGGGCGGCGGUGCCCGUCCAGCUUGUCAUGGCUGUCGGUUUGUUGUACAAGGUUUUGGGCUUUAGCUCUUUUGCAGGAAUCCUUCUCAUGGUCCUUAUUCUUCCGCUCAAUCUCUACAUCGCCAAGUCUUUCCAGGCCGCGCAAAAAAGGAUCAUGGCCGCGACCGACGCCCGAAUUCAUGUCACCAAUGAAGUCCUUCAGAACAUCCGGAUCAUCAAGUAUUUCGCCUGGGAGCGACGGUUUCAGAACAACGUGAAUGAGAAACGACAAGUCGAGUUGUCUGCCCUUUGGCGCAAAUACGUCCUGUGGUCGUGCGCUGCUACUCUUUGGAGCGGCGUCCCAAUUCUCAUCACGUUCACGUCUUUUCUCAUUUAUACCCAAAUUGAGAAGAAGCCUCUUGUCCCAUCAGUCGCUUUUCCCGCAUUGUCUAUGUUUUCUCUGCUACGGAUCCCUCUGGACCAACUUGCCGAUAUGGUGGCCCAUGUUCAGGAGUCCAAAGUGUCGGUUGACCGAGUGGAACGGUUUCUCGAGGAGGAGGAAACGGAGAAGUAUGUUCAGUUACGCCAAAGCAGGAGAAGAAGUCUUCCGGCCACUCGCAUUGCGCUUGAAAACGCCACUUUGACGUGGGGAACUGCCGAUACUGGCGACGCAGAGGCAUUCCGACUGAUUAACAUGAGUGUCGAUUUCACGAUUGGUGAACUGAACCUCAUUAUUGGCCCCACGGGAUCUGGAAAAACGUCCCUCCUCAUGGCUUUGCUGGGAGAAAUGCAAUUGCUCAGUGGAAAGGUCUAUAUUCCCGGAGGCUCCGUCCGACAAGAUCUGCGACCUGAUCCCGUGACUGGUUUGACCGAGAGUGUUGCGUACUGCGCACAACAGGCAUGGUUGAUCAAUGCAACCAUCAAGGAAAACAUCCUCUUCGCCAGUCCAUAUGAUGAAGAUCGCUAUCAUGAAAUUAUCUCCAUCUGCGCCCUCGAGCGUGACCUGGAAAUCCUUGACGCUGGUGACCAGACGCUGGUGGGGGAGAAAGGCAUCACUCUUUCAGGGGGUCAAAAGCAAAGAAUCUCACUUGCGAGGGCGAUUUACUCAAAUUCUCGACACUUACUUCUCGACGACUGCCUCAGUGCCGUUGAUGCACACACGGCCAAGCACAUUUUUGAGGAAGCCCUAACUGGCGACUUGAUGGCGCACCGCACCUGCAUCCUUGUCUCGCACAACGUGGCCCUGACUGUUCCCCUCGCAAGCCAGGUUAUUGUUUUGGAGAAUGGCAAAAUCUUGUCUCGAGGAACACCACAAGAGAUUGUUGAGAGCGGUGUUCUUGGGGAUGAGCUGUUGAAAUCACGACCGGUCUCGAGAGCGAACUCCCGUCCACCCUCACGAGUAGCGUCGAACUUGGAGGAGGAAACCUCAAAAUUGUGUGGUCCGAAUGGCAAUGGAACCGCCGACCUACGUGUGAAGACUCUCACGAGGGGGAAAACAAAGACCAGCAAACCAGAGAAACCGUUUGUCGACCAUCGACUUGAAGCGAAGGCAACAGGGAGCGUCAAGCUAUCGACGGUCAAGAUGUACCUGCAGGCCAUGGGCCCUUGGUAUUACUGGAUUGUCGCUGCUUGGGGCUUCAUUGCUACCCAGCUAGGCUCUGUGGCCACGAACGUGUGGAUUCGACAAUGGGCCAAUGCCUACCAUCUUCAGGACACAAAUGGGGCGCGCGCAGUUAUACAUGCCCUCCACCCCGGCAAGGCCAUGGCCUCGACCUCAAACUUUGGGAGUGCCUCUGUUCAGAUGCCACAAGCUGCGGCUCAAGGUGGAAUUGCCAAAGUGGUCUAUGACGUGGAUGCCGGUUACUACCUUGGCAUAUACGCUGCCCUUGGUGCCGCGUAUGUGUUGAUUUGCUUCUCGAGGGAAAUCAUACUCUUCUGGGGCUCCCAGCGCGCCUCUUGGUUUCUUCAUGAGAAGCUUUUAUCCAGCAUUCUGCGGGCCAAAUUCCGCUUCUUUGAUUCUACACCACUUGGUCAGUUGACGAAUCGGUUCUCCAAGGACAUUCAAGCUCUGGAUCAGGAAGUCGCCCCUGUAGCGAUAGGGAUGCUUCACAGUGCCGCCGCUGUUGUUACGAUUGUCGUCUUGAUAUCUGCCAUUACUCCGGGCUUCUUGAUUCCCGGAUUCUUCAUCACGAUCAUGUAUGUCCUGACCGGCUUAUUCUAUAUUCGCUCAUCACGGGACUUGAAGCGAAUCGAAGCCGUCCAGCGAAGUCCCCUGUUUCAGCAUUUUGGCGAAACUCUUUCUGGCGUUGUGACCAUUCGGGCCUAUGGUGAUGAAUCGCGAUUCAUUCAAGAGAGUCAUACUCGGGUGAAUACUCACAAUCGGCCAUUCAUUUACCUGUGGGCCACCAACCGGUGGCUCGCAUUCCGAAUCGAUAUUGCCGGCGCUCUCGUCUCGUUCUUUUCCGCGGUAUUUGUGGUUCUAAAUGCAGGCCGCAUUGAUUCAGGAGCUGCAGGAUUGGCCUUGUCGUACGCUAUCACAUUUACCCAAAACGUUCUCUGGCUUGUCCGGCUAUAUGCGGCCAAUGAACAGAACAUGAACGCCGUUGAACGUCUGCAGGAGUACAUCAACGUCGAGCAAGAAGCACCAGCGACUAUACCGGAAACAAAACCUGCACCUAAUUGGCCAAGCCAAGGGUCCGUCCAUUUUGUCGGCUACACGACGAGAUAUCGUCCUGACCUGGAACCGGUUCUCCGACAAGUCACCUUCCACAUCCAGGCCGGACAGAAAGUAGGGAUUGUUGGCAGAACUGGCGCCGGAAAGAGUUCCCUGGCCCUCGCUCUGUUCCGGGGACUCGAAGCCGAAGAUGGCAAAGUUCUGAUUGAUGAUGUUGAUAUUGGACUCAUUGGUCUCCAAGAUUUGCGCGAGGCUAUCACUGUUGUUCCGCAGGAUCCGACUCUUUUUACUGGCACAUUGAGAAGCAACUUGGAUCCGUUCGAGCUCUUUACCGACGAAGAAAUUUUCACGGCCCUCCGGCGAGUUCAACUUAUCUCUGAGGCAUACGGAAGCUCAGACCGGUCAGGAGUGACAACACCUUCCGAAACAACCAGCAGAUCGCCUACCCUCCGGGAGAACUCGAGCCCUCCCGAGAGUCACACCUCGCUCUCGGCCAACGGAACCGUCACGUCCGAAUCGACACUGGUCCGUUUCGCAGCUAAUACAAAGGACAACAAAAGCAUCUUCCGAGACUUAUCCUCGCCGGUGGCUGAAUCGGGCUCAAAUCUGUCCCAAGGCCAACGACAAUUAUUGUGUCUCGCCAGAGCUUUGUUGAAGGCCCCGAAGGUGCUAGUCAUGGAUGAGGCAACCGCGUCGAUUGAUUAUGCAACGGAUUCGAAGAUCCAAGACACUCUGCGAGAACUGAAAAAUAACACGAUCUUGACCAUUGCCCACCGGUUGCAGACCAUCAUUGAUUACGAUCGUGUCUUGGUGUUGGACAAAGGCGAGGUGGUGGAAUAUGCCGAACCAUGGGAAUUGAUUCAAAAGAAGGGUGGUCAUUUUCGAUCUAUGUGCGAGACCAGCGGUGACUUUGAAUCGCUGUAUGAGUUGGCAAAGAAGGCGUGGCUGGAGAGGAGAUUGAUUGAUGACUCCUGA